AUGAUGAGGAGCGAUUUGGAGGAGUAUAUGGAGCAGAAAGGAUUGCAUGAAUUAAAGGAAGAGACAGGAGGAUGGAACGAUAACGAAAGGAAAGGCCCGAAUGUCCCAAAUAAUAGACUGUCACACUUGACAGAGAAAAUUAAAAAAGAAAAGCAGAAAGAAUAUAAAAACCCUAGACCGGCAUUUGAUGUCACGUCCAGGCGAUGCAAGGCAAAGAAUCAAGUAAGGCCAAUCAUCUACACGAAUUUCCUGUUGCGCUGUCUCAUCGAUUCCAUCGCCGUUUGCUUGAGAGAUUCACCAGCCAUAACCUCUAUCACUAUUGAUGGAAUUCCUCUGACGCUGAAGUACCUGAAUAUCCUGUGUUCCGGUUUGAAGACCAAUGAAAAGCUGAUAAGUUUAUCUCUGAAGAAAUGUUACAUAGGAGAUUUCGGCUGUGACCUAUUGUUGAACUGUUUGAAAAAUAAUCCAAAGCUCUCUGUCUUAAAUUUAUCAUCUUGUAAGUUAUCAAGUAGAAGUGCUAUGAGUCUAUCAUUGUUCUUAAAAAGGAGAAAGGCUGAUCUGUUACAAAAUAUUUGGGAACAAUCCUCUGAAGAAAAUACUGAAAAGUUACAAGGAUUGCACACAUUGAUCCUAAAUCAGAAUCCAAAAAUUGAAGAUACUGGUCUGAAACAGAUAAUUUAUGCGUUAAAAAAUGACGUCUGGUUGAAAACAUUAAGUUUAAAACGCUGUGGGAUCAGUAAAUUGGGAGCAGAAAUGAUGAUUAGAUUAUUGCAAUCAAAUAAUAGAAUUAUGAGGCUAGAUCUAACAAAAAAUCAUAUACCUAUUAAUACUCUUCAAAUAAUGUUGAGCAUAUUGAAGAAAAGACAAGAAAUAUCUGAAAAAACUGUAUUGAAUAAACAAUUCUGUUUAAAUUGGAGAAAAAAUGUAAAGAAUGAAAUUAUUAAAUUUGCAAAAAGACAUAGAAAAUAUUCGAAAAGUCGAAUAGAACGGCCUAGGAAAUCUUCAUUACAAAAACAUUAUUGGAAAAAGAGUCAAAGGUUUGAGAGAUUUAUUCGAGAAAAACAGGUGAAAGGAAUUACAAAAGAAGAUUAUUAUAGAAGAAAGAAAAUUAAUGAUUUGGAAUUACAAUUAUUAAAUUUAAUUGAGUCUAAUUCUAAAUUAAAAGAGGAACUUUCGAGCAAUAAAGCGUUAUUGAAUUCAGAAGUACAGCAAAGAUCGAAAAUAGAGAAUGAAUUGCAAAGAAUAUCGUUUCGAUUAAAUGAUCUAAAAAGUAAAGUUUUUAUGCUAAAUUGUAUUUCCUCUAAAGCAUGUAAUGAAAGUCAAUUAUUGACGGGUUUUAAAUAUAUUUUCGAAAAAUUGGAAUCAUUUUCGAUGUUAAAGCAAAAUGUAUCUGUAAACGAAGAAGUUGAUUUAGAAACUGUAGAACCAUUGUGGUCAUCACCGUUGGCAGAACAAAUGGAAAACUGUGUUUUGAAUUGCUCGCAGUGGAAACCUUAUUUUAUUUCCCAUUGAAAAUAUAAUACUGUGAAUUUUAUUUAAUAAUUUUUCUAGAUGUAUAAUGUAAAUAAGAUACGAAUUUUAUACUGAUGUAUAUUUUAAUAAAAAAUAUUUCAAUUUUAAUAA